AUGAAAUUAUGCGCUCUAGCCGAUAUCGUCACCAAGUUGAUGUUAAAGAAUCGGACCUACGAGUGGGAACAGGAGAUCCAAAAUUUACCUCGGCAGCUGGAAAGUGUCUCCGUUGAGGAACUAUUGCAGAAUGAGAUAUUCACCCGAACGUCCAGCGAAGGGGAGUUGAAGUUGUUGGUCAGCAUAGCGAACAAGACUGCAUAUCACGGUAUCAAAACUUACUAUGGUCGUUGUUGA